AUGACUUUUGAUACCGAAGUACCCCAGCUGAACACCAUCACCCUGCGGUCCCGUCCGCUGACGACCCACGCCAUCUCCAUCUCCUGCGAUGCCGAACUCGCUGUGGCCGCCGAUGAUUCGGUGCACAUAAUGCUCCCUGAGUUCCCGACCCCGGAGGACGAUACCCGCCGCGGGAACCGUGAUGUCGGCGCCGACGAGAACAAGCGCAUUCAGUACCACACUCACCGCGGCCAGUACAUGACCAUCAAGCGCCCCGAUCCGCGCAUGAACGCCAAGCUGUUCGACGCUGCCGGUUUGAGGUGCCCGGGUAACGACAUGGAAGAGGAGCCCUACUUUGGUGUGGGUUCCGGACUGCCAACCGGAUGGGGUAGCUCCCUGAACCAGGUUUCCGUCAUGGAAUGGUCUCCUACCGGCGUUGGCUACAACUUGCGCCCCGUCCUUUCUGUUCUUCUCACCAAUGGAUCUGUCAUGAUAUAUGGCCAAGAGGGCUCUGCCGUCACCGACAUCAGUGUUCGCAAGCGCAGCUUCGAUGCCUGGAGGGUUCUCUGGGGCAUCGGCGGCGUCCUACCCCUCCCGGACCGCAAGGUCAAAGACGGCAGCCACUUGGCAGGGGACAAGAUCAAGUCCUUCUCCUGGGCUCACAAGAUCGCCCCUGGCCGCGCCCUCAUCGCAUAUCUCAACGACCGGGACGAAAUCAUCAUCGUCACUGUGGAGUUCUUCGACAAUCCCAAGAUCAGGAAGGGGCCUACCUUGGCUUGGAGGGUAGAGGAGGUUGCUCGCUUCCCGAAUGACAGCCCCCACCCCAAGAUGAGUGUGAGGACAAGAUGUACUAGGCCGUUGCGACCUUGA